CCCCUUUACCACCCCACCGCCCCUUGCUAAUCCCCUUUACCCCCCACUAACCCUUCCUAAUCCCCUUUACCCCCCACUAACCCUUCCUAAUCUCCCUCCCCUCCCCUCCCCUCUCUAUAUCCAUACUUCCGCAGAAAGGGCUGGGGCAGGUGUGCGGAGCUCCGCCCUCGCCGACAGCGGAGGCCGAGUCUCGGGAGGGGUUCCCACGGCCGGCAGCCGAUUGCGGACGGCUCAGGUGAGGUGGGAGUGCCGCUUUGUCCCGGGGCAGGUGAACGACUCGUACUGUACUUCAGAAGCGACAGGCACUUCCGAAUUUCCAGCAUCUGCCGAUGUUCCCGUGUUUGUGACUCGACAUCAGAAACUUUGUCCGCACAGUCCCGGCCUCUCGCCUCGCCAGCUUCGGCCGCCGCUUUCUCCUGAUUCGGGUCCACGGAACUGACAACGCGCCCAGGGAGGUCGUGAGGGAGCGCCGAGGAGAGGAAAGGAAACUCCUGCUGAUUCUGAUCACCUGUCCAUCCAGUCAGAAUGAAAUUACUGGCAGCCGCAGUCCUGCUCGCUUUGAGCAGGAGCUUUGGCCAGGAGAUACCGUCCAUGCCUCAUGGAUGUACGGAGGGCAGCUGUUACCCUGCGACGGGCAACCUACUCAUCGGGAGAGCACACAACCUGACAGCCAACUCCACCUGCGGUCUGCAGGGACCCACUGAGUACUGCAUUGUCAGCCACCUCCAGGCACUGGAGAAAUGCUUCCAGUGUGAUUCUCGGACACCCUACGAUCCAGCUUCGAGCAGAAACAGCCAUCGCGUGGAGAAUGUCAUCUACCUGGCCGACCAGACUGGGGAGAGGACGUGGUGGCAGUCAGAGAGCGGUGAAGAGCAGGUGAGCAUCCAGCUAAACCUGGAGGCCGAGUUCCACUUCACACAUCUCAUCAUGAAGUUCAAGACGUUCCGGCCAGCUGCCAUGUUCAUCGAGAGGUCAUCGGACUUCGGACGGACGUGGACUGUUUACCGCUACUUUGCUUUCAAUUGCACAGUCUCGUUCCCCCACAUCCCCACCGGGCCCCUCAGGAAAAUCGAUGACAUCAUCUGUGACCACCGCUACUCCGACAUUGAGCCCUCGACUGAGGGAGAGGUUAUUUAUAAAGUCCUGGAUCCAGCUGUCAAAGUGGAUGAUCCCUACAGCCUGGAAAUUCAAGAUCUGCUGAGAAUCACGAACUUAAGGAUCCGCUUGACCAAGCUGCACACGCUGGGUGACAACCUCUUGGACCAGCGGCCCGAGGUCCUGCAGAAGUAUUAUUACGCCAUCUAUGAGCUGGUGCUGCGGGGAAGCUGCUUUUGUUACGGGCACGCCUCCGAGUGCUCUCCCGUGGCAGGGAUCCAACGAGGCGAGCUGGGAAUGAUUCACGGCAGAUGUAUCUGUAAACACAACACCAAAGGGUUAAACUGUGAACAGUGCAUGGACUUCUACCAUGAGGUGCCCUGGAGACCAGCAAAGGCUGAUAAUCCACACGCCUGCAAAGCCUGUAACUGCAAUAACCACUCCAGCCGGUGCCACUUCGACAUAGCGGUGUACCGCGCUACGGGGAACGUGAGUGGCGGUGUUUGUGACGACUGUCUCCACAACACCAUGGGCAGGAACUGCGAGCUCUGCAAACCCUUCUACUACCGCAACCCGACGGCGGACAUCCGGUCUGAGGAUACCUGCAUCCCAUGUGACUGUGACCCGGUGGGGUCCCUGGAGGGAGGGCUCUGUGACAGCGACACUGACCUGGACUACGGGGUGAUCGCUGGCCAGUGCCGCUGCAAGGAGAACGUGCAGGCCGCUCGCUGUGACCGCUGCAAGGAUGGGUUUUACGGUCUGAGCCUGAACAACCCACAGGGCUGCACAGCCUGCCUCUGUGAUCCUCGGGGAGUGGUGAUGACGGGGGCUCCCUGUGACCACAUCAGUGGGGACUGUAUCUGCAAGAGGCACGUGACGGGCCGGUACUGCGAUACGUGCCUGAUGGAGUACUGGGGACUCAGUACUGACUUGGCCGGCUGUCGACCCUGUGACUGUGACUUCGGGGGCUCCUACAACAACAGGUGCUCCAUGGAAAGUGGCCAGUGCGAGUGUCGCCCUCACGUCAUGGGCAGGCAGUGCCACGAGGCCAAGUCUGGAUAUUACUGCAUGUACCUCGAUAUGUAUACGUACGAGGCAGAGGAGGCCGAACCUCGCUCACCCACUGACCCACUGCCUGGUGAAAAGAAGCCGCUGGUGAACGGAGAUUGUGUAGAGUUGGACAAACAGGACCUGGGCAUUCGGAGACGGAGGCACCGCAACCGACAGCCGCGGCGGACCAAGCCGUUUGUGGAGAUGGUGAGGCGUCGGCAGCCAGUGGACGGGAUGGUCACCUGGAGUGGCCCAGGGUUCGCCCGUGUCAGCGAUGGAGCCGGCCUGAUGUUCACUGUCACUGAUGUCCCCUACGCCAUGGACUACAACAUCCUGCUGCGUUACGAGCCAGAGUCUGCCGAAGAUUGGGAAGCGAUCAUCAAGAUCCACACGGAGGGGUUGCCCAUCACCUAUCGCUGUGGUAACCUGUUGCCUCACGGUCUGCCGUACAGGCUGACCCUACACCACACGGAGAGGUACACCAUGGUUUCCUCCCCAUUCUGCUUUGAGCCCAACAUCCGAUAUGAGAUUAGUGUCCGGUUCCAGCGGCUCCUUGCUCCGGAGUGGAACUCAAACUCCUUCAUCCUGGUGGACUCUCUCGUUCUGCUGCCCAAGUACACGGAGCUGUCGGGGUUCAUGGGCUCCAACCCAGCAUCUGUGCUCCACCAAGAUGAGAUGGUCCGGUACAUGUGUUUCCAGUCCUUCCUGAUGGCCGGCAAGCCGAUGCUGGCAGAUGCCUGCGUCCAGCUGCUCUGUGGUAUCUCCGCCAUCAUGCACAAUGGCGCCCUGGCCUGCAACUGUGAUCCACAGGGCUCCUUCAGCUCUGUGUGUGACAAGAUGGGAGGCCAGUGCCAGUGUAAAAGGAACGUCAUCGGCCGACAUUGCGACAACUGUAUGCCCGGAUAUUAUGGCUUCGGACCAAAUGGCUGCUCUCCCUGUGACUGCAGCGAGGAGGGCUCAGAGUACAACAUGUGCGAGCAGAUCAACGGCCAGUGCCCGUGUCGGCCAGGAAUCAGUGGGCGGAAGUGCGACCUGUGCACCCCUGGGCACUGGGGCUUCCCCAGGUGCCGGCCCUGCCAUUGUAAUGGCCACGCAGAUGAGUGUGACCCCUGGACUGGCGCCUGUCGCAACUGCAGGGACGGCACCACAGGACUUCACUGCGAGAGGUGUUCUGCUGGUUACUACGGAAAUCCAGUCCUGGGCUCGGGUCAACAGUGCCGCCCAUGUCCGUGUCCUAAUUACCCUGGCAGUGAGCUCUACCAUGGCAUCUCGUGUCACAUCGACCCCGGCUCCAGCCAGAUUGUCUGCCUCUGCAAGACAGGCUACAUAGGGUCUCGGUGUGAUGUGUGCGCCGCAGGUUACUAUGGUGACCCCAUGGUUCAGGGAGGUAAAUGUCGGCCUUGUCAAUGUAACAAUAACAUCGACCUGACAGACUCUGGAUCCUGUGACUCCCACACGGGCAGGUGCCUGAACUGCCUUUAUAACACCGACGGAGACCAGUGUGCCGCGUGCCGGCGUGGUUACUACGGCAACCCUCUCCAGCAGGACUGCAGGCGUUGUACCUGUAACACCCGAGGCACUCUGGCCUCACAGUGUGAACGUGACAACACCUGUCUCUGUGACACAGUGACAGGACAGUGCCCCUGCAGGGACAACGUCGUUGGAACGAACUGUGACCAGUGCCUACCUCAUUACUGGAACUUUGGCAGUUCCCAGGGCUGUGAACCGUGUGAGUGCAAUCCGGAACAUUCUUAUGGCCAACACUGCAACAUGUUCACUGGCCAGUGUGAGUGUCGCCCGGGGUUCGGAGGACGCAGCUGCUCAGAGUGCAAGGAGCAUUACUGGGGUAACCCACAGCUGUCGUGUCAGGGGUGUGACUGUGACCCAGUUGGUUCAGAGUCUCUGCAGUGUAACCAUUCGACAGGCCGCUGCCUGUGCCAAGAGGGAUUCACCGGGCCCCGUUGUGACCAGUGCAGUCGCGGUUACAGAGGUCGCUCCCCCACCUGCGUCCGCUGCCACACGUGCUUCUACCUCUGGGACGAGGAGAUUGGCCAGCUGAAGGAGGCGAUACAGGGGGUCAGGGAGAAGGUGCAGCGGAUCACAGACACCGGGCUGGAUGACAGUACUAGCCAUCGUCUGCAGAAGCUGGAGGAGGAACUGGCGAGUGUGCGGAAUCUGGUCCAGGCUCUCCCGUUGAACAGUACACAGCAGCUCGAUAUACUGCAGCAAUUCAUAUCGGAUAUCAGGGAGGAAAUGGACCUACUGUCCCAGAAACUGGAUCGUCUGGAGAAGGAUAACUCCAGGGUUCUGGAAUCAAAUGGAAAAGUGGAAGGGGACAUCGAGGAGCUGGAGGAACUGACCAGGAACCUGAGUGCGAUGCUUGCCCAGAAAACCAAGGAUCUGGAGAAUCACACAGCGUUAAACGCUAAAGAGCUGUACGACGCCAUCCAGGCCUCCUACCAGGCGUCCCGCGAGGCAGACCAACGGGUGAAUAGGACAGUCCGGGGCAGAGGCAGCCUGCUGGAGGACUCAGCGAAGACAAACGCGCAGGUGGAGAGCCUGCUCCAGCAGGAGAGCAACUUCAGAAAGGCCAUGGGAGCUCAGGACAAGCUGCUGAAGGAUCUAUCGAUGGCGGCCAAGGACCUGUCAGUGGACAGCAUCAAUGAGAAGGUAUGUGGAUCAUCCGCUAGCAUGACGUGCUCCUCAGACCCCUGCGGAGGCGCCAACUGUCGGAAUGACUGGGGCGACCCAUUGUGCGGAGGCCCAGGCUGUGGCGGAGUCCUGACCUGGGCUCAAGAGGCACUGCGGAGAUCAGACAACACCAGCCAGGCUCUACGGAGCCAAGAGCGUCAGCACAGCACCCUCGCGCAAGAGAUCGAGGAGGCUCAGCAACGGGCGGAAAAGGCCAAGACUCGAGCCACAGAGGCACUGGCCAACGCCACGGCUGCAAAGCGGCUCAUCGGCAGCACCGUGACAGACCUUCACCGGUUCAUCAAGACCGUCAAAGAUUUUCUCAAUGAGGAGGGCGCAGACCCCGGGAGCAUUGAAUUGGUGGCCAACAUGGUGUUGAGUAUCUCCAUACCAGUCACCCGACUCGACCUCCAGAAGUUGGUGCAGAAGAUCAGAGACACGUUGGGAACAGUGAUGGACGUGGAUGCCAUUCUCAAUAGCACCAUGAAGAGCCUCCAGGUGGCCCAGAAGCUCAACAAGCGGGCAGCAAAAGUGAAGAAACGAGCCAUGGGUGUCCAAGGUAAGGUGCACCAGGCGUCCGCCAAAAUCAACGCUGCAAAAGCCAAACUAAAUGUAGCUGAGAAGUCACUGGAAGCAGCAAUAAACAGUUCCGCCAGUUUGGAAGAGUCAGUCCAGAAGGGGAAGAAGCUGCUGACUGCUCUCGAGUUGCAGCUGAUGGCAGCAGCGGAGAGAUUGGCCAACCUGUCCACGGGGGUCGAGGCGUUGCAGAAUAAAACCAUCACCAACAGGGAGCAGGCACACGAGGCGAAGAGGGCAGCCCAGGAAGCCCGAAACCGCACAGAGCAGCUGGAGGCCAACGAGCUGCAGGAGGCACAGAGACGUUACCAGGAGCUACAGGACAAAGUGAAGGCGCUGGGGAACGCCGAUGCUGGAGGGGCCGAGAGGAUCGGGAAGAUCCACGAGGAAGUGGAGAAGCUGAGGAAACAAGCAACUAGCAGCCUGGACAGACUAGACGCUCUGCAGAAGAAGUUUGAGAGAAACGAACGACUGAUGGAGCAGAAGGUGGAACAGCUACAGGCACUGGAGGGGAACGUGUCGGAACUACUUGAAUACAUUCGUCAGCGGUCACUGUACUACGGCACCUGUACUUGACCCUGGUCUCUAAUCAAUGCUGCCACACUCAUCUCCCUCUCCUUCUCUUCUCUGUCUUCUCCCCUUGAGUAACUGGGGCCCUCAGCUCCUGCCAACAGGAAGGUGCAGUAAUCAGCCAUUCAACAGUGCAGGCAAUCACAGCCAGUGAGCAAUUUCAGUAUUACAUAUUCCCUUGAGAUUGUGCCAUUUACAAAGACUUUGCCAGGGCUAGAGGGAGAGGUCAGCCAGGCUGGGUCCUUAUUCCUCGGAACGUUGGAGAGCGAGGGGCAACCUUACAGACAUGUUUAAAAUGAUAAGAGAGAGAGAUAUGAUGGACUGUAACAGUCUUUUCCCUAGGGUAGUGAAACCAAAACUGGGGGCAUAGAUUUAGGAUGAGAGGGGAAGUAUUUAACAGGGAGCUGAAUGAUAACUUUUUCACACAGAGGGUGGUGAGCAUGUGCAACGAGCUGCCAGAGGAAGUGGUUGAGGGAGGGACAAUAGUAUCAUUUAAGCAACACUCGGACAGGAACAUGCAGGGGUGGGGCUGGGCAGGAAAUGGGCUGGACAUGGGAAUUGAGAUUCACCUGGCUGGACACCAUUGUCAGUAUGGACUGCUUGUGCCAAGGAGUCUGUGUCCAUCCUGUCUGGCUCUGUUACUAUAACAGGUGACGUGCCAUCCGCCUGCUGCUACUAUUGUUGUCGUAUUGGCCCUUUACAAAAUAGAGAGGUGGGUAGGCUAACUGGCCCUCUCUCCAGUCCUUCUCAAUACCAUUGACAUCACCUUCCUGCUAUAAGACCUCUCCCCUCAAUCUCAAUAUCAAACCUCUCUCUCUGUCUCUCUUUCUCUUUCUCUGUUGGUCUGCCUGUCUCCCUCUUGCUGUCUCUUUGUCUCUCCCCCCUCCUUCCCCCUCUCUCUCUUGCGCUCUCUCUCUCUCUCUCUCUCCCUUCUCUCUCUCUGUCUCUCACACUCUCUCACUCACCCUCUUACUCUAUUUCUCUCACUUUCUCACUCUCUUCCUCUCUUUGUCUUCCUCUGUUUCACCCCCUCACUAAC